AUGAUUGCGCGAUCAUACUGCAGGGCCACGCCCGAGGUGCAGACGACGUCGUCGUGCAGCAUCCUGAGCGACAUGUUCUCGCUUGGCAUGGUCAUCUGCUCCAUCUUCAACCAGGGCCGGCCGCUCAUACAGGCCAACCACAGCGCCUCCACCUAUCUCAAGCAGCUAGAAGUGCUGGAGGAGCAGGUGCACAACGUGCUGCCGCGGGUGCCGGUGCCGCUGCAGGAGGCGGUGGUGCGCCUGCUGAGCCGCGACACGCGCCAGCGGCCCACCGCCCAGCUGCUGUCCCUCAUCAAGUACUUCAGCGACCCCUCGGUGCAUGCGCUGCAGUUCCUGGACGUGAUCAACAUGAAGGACCCCACCCAGAAGUCGCACUUCUACCGCAACACGCUCAAGGACGUGCUGCCCUACGUGCCCAGGAAACUGUGGUUCCAGCACGUGUGGCCGAGCCUGCAGCAGGAGAUGAAGACGCAGGAGGUGCUGGCCGCCGUGUUGCAGCCCAUCAUCUUCCUGGUCCAGGAGUGCACCAUCGAGGAGUACGAGUCCAUCAUCCUGCCCGCCUUCAGGAGUGUCUUCUCGAUCCCGAAGUCGAUCCAGGCGACGGUGACUCUGCUGGAGAACCUGCACGUCAUCCUGGAGAAGACGCCGCGGGACGACAUCCGCAGCGAGGUGCUGCCCAUGCUCUACAACGCCUUCGAGAGCACCACCAUACAAGUGCAGAGCGCGGCGCUGGUGGCGGUGACGAACGUGUCCGAGUACCUGGACGAGACGGCGGUGCGGCGCAUGGUGCUGCCCAAGACCAAGGCCGUCUACGAGAAGAACACGGCCGACCUCAAGCUCGUGAUGAACGUGCUCAGCUGCAUCGAGAAGACGCUGGACAAGCUGGACAAGUCGCAGAUCAUCGACGAGGUGCUGCCGCUGCUCUGGGACGUACGCCUCGCCGACCCCGAGAUCACCAUCCGCGUCGUCAACAUCUACCGGCUGAUGCUGAGCGACAAGAAGUACGGCCUGUCGGUGAACCUGAUGGCGACCCGCGUGAUGCCGUCGCUGCUGCCGCAGACGGUCAACCCGAGCCUCAACCUCGACCAGUUCACCAACCUCCUCGAGGUACUGCAGGAGAUGCUCGACCACAUCGACAGGAACCAGCGCAACAAACUGAAGUUGGAUAACCUGACACUGCCAAGCCCAGAGCGCCACCGCCCACUGCGCCACCAGUACAGCUCAGAUAACAUGCACGUGCCACCCUUCAACAUCCCCAACCUGCGCAUCGAGCAGCGCAAGACCUCCAGUGCCGAGGACAUGGCACGCAAGAACUCAGCUGACUCAGGUGUGCUAGGUGGCUGGUGGUUUGGUGCAUCACCAUCGUCACCAGACAGCAACUUCCUGCGCGUACAUAAUGCCUUCCCCAACCGGCGGCUGUCGGACAAUGCACUCAUGAUGCCACCCAAGAUCCGCGUGGCACCUAGCUGCGCCUCAUCGCCUGGUGGCACGCCUGGCGGUGGCCUGCCUGUGCGCCGGCAUUCCAGCAUUGGCCCACAGGAGCGGCGUGGGUCUGCUGUCAACCUGUCGCCACCAACGGGUGGUCUCCACUACAGUUCAGUGUCCAGGGAAGGUUCCAGUCUGUCUGUGCCAUCGACGUAUCUUGCACGGAGCAUGAUCGGGGGAAGCAUGCCAAACACAAGCAGCAGUGUUCCAUUCUUGCUGAGUUCCAGUAUGAGCAGCAUACGCUCACGGCGACCAUCCGCAUGCUUGUCCAGCUCUCAAGGAUCAGGACUACUGCAGCAGCUUGGAUCAGGCAUGGUAAGACAGAUUACACUAGGACCCUCUUACCACCAUCCUGUGAAUGGAAGGGCAUUACCAACGACUGCUAGUGUCAGGAAAUGUCCUUCUUGGAUGUAG